AGUUGUAGUCUCGGCUCUUGUGUGCACGGGUGUGUUGUGUUGCACUCGUCGGGGGCGUACGAAAAGCUAGUGUUAUUGUGUGUUGUCCUCGUCGCGUUUGUGCUUCAAUUAUACAGAGCGAGUAUAGCCAGCGCUGAUCGGACUUACGUACACUGCCUCGAUGAGAAUAGCCGGUAGGAAUCAGUGACCGCCGCAGUCAGUGUGUUCGUUCCCGCAGCCUCCGAGUAGUCGGAUAUCAACGAGCGAGUUCCAGCAGCCGAGAUGCAUACGUUGUUCAGCGAGCAGAACGCCUAUUACAGGCACGCGACGGCCGUGCCCAUGGGCAUGGGCACACCGUCCUACCCGAGCGUCGGCGCCGCGCCGAGCUACUACGAGGCCCAGUAUCGGUAUGGCGGCUAUGCGACGGCCGCCGGCUACCCCGUGACUGGUAUCAGCCAGCAGCACAUCCACCAUCCGGGCAAGGACAUGGUGAAGCCGCCGUACUCCUACAUCGCCCUUAUCACCAUGGCCAUUCAGAACGCGCCGGACAAGAAGAUCACCCUCAACGGCAUCUACCAGUUCAUUAUGGAGCGCUUUCCCUACUAUCGCGAGAACAAGCAGGGCUGGCAGAACUCCAUCAGGCACAACCUCAGCCUCAACGAGUGCUUCGUCAAGGUGCCCAGGGACGACAAGAAGCCUGGCAAGGGCAGCUACUGGUCCCUCGACCCGGACAGCUACAACAUGUUCGACAACGGCUCCUAUCUGCGACGACGAAGGCGCUUCAAGAAGCAGGACGCCCUCAAAGAGAAGGAGGAGGCCCUGAAGAGGCAGGGCCUGCUUCCGGCGACGGCGAAGCAGAGGCUCGACGAGACCAAGUCCUCGUUGAACAUCGCGCUCCAGUCGAGCGCCAGCGACUCUGUCGGAAAGAGCAAGCUCCUGGACCAGAGCGGACUCUGCAAGCCCAAGAGGGAGCCUCUGAACGACCCCAACUCGGCCAGCCACUGCAUGGUCGCCGCGAGCAAGUACCACAACCACCACAGCCCGAUCCAGGACAGCGGCAAGAGCAGCGCCAGCAACAACAACGUCCAAAGCGUCAUCCAGAGCUCCCUGGUGCCCAACCAUCAGAGCAACAACUCCCACCACCAACAGCAGCCGCAGCAGCACCAUCAGAACCCCUCGAUUCAGGACAUGGCGGCUCUCGACCCGACGAGCUUCAGCGUCGACGCUCUCAUGACCAGCAACCGUCCCGAAACCAGCAGCCAGAUGAUGGCCAGCCAGCCCCAGCACCACCAGCUGCAGCAGCACACGCACAGCAUCAUGACCACGAGACCGGAGCCUCAGCCCAUGAGCAACGCCAGAGACCUGGUCACGACGACGACCACGGCCACGACGGCCGCCGUCGCUGCGAUGAUGGCCUCGACCGGCUACGGGCAUGUGACCACGAGUAGCAUCGCCAGGGCCAAUCCCUCGCCGACGUCGAACAUGUAUCCGGCUUACUGUCCCUCGGGCUACAUCAUGGACCACAACGAGUACAAUUCCACGACGAGGAGCCACAACAACGUCGGGCACGCACAGUGGUACCAGGAGGCCGCCAGUCCCGACACGGCCGCAAUGUACCAGGAGACGCAGUCGCCGAGCUGUCAACUGUACAGGUCGAGUCCACCGACGCCGAUCUCCGCAGGCGCUGCGCCGUCGCCUCCUCUGUUCCACCGCUACUACCAGGACUGCAACGCAGUCAACACCAGCGGCAAUUUGCCCAUAACGCUGCACAAGUACUGAGAAUACCGAAAUUCAAGGUCCCACACUCGGGACCUUGAACAACAACAGCAGCAAAGCGCGAGUAUCGUCAACUCCGCCAACGGCUACAACCCGAACCUGGUCUACGUCAAGCAGGAGUGGAUACCCGCCAGCGACGACUUCUCCAAGGAGUGGAACUGAACGAGAGAAGAUUAUUAAGAGUGAUAAUCGUGGUGUGGACGAUCUUGUGUACAUAUAACGUUUUUCUCCACGCCGAAUUAUUCCGCCGUGGAAAAGAUCGGCAAGCGUUUCGAAACCAAGCGCGUUUUUUCUGUCGACGUCACUCUGUAAAUAAUACAUACACCUUCGGAAGAAAUCGGCGUGUAAGCUCUGCUGCCUGCGGAGGAAAUCGGAAAAAAACAAAGCCGAUAAUACUGCUUUCACGCCCUUGACCCGAGCGCCUGAUCGGCCGAUUUUCCAUCUGUGCAAAUAACCACGCAGCGAAAUUGGCACAGCCGGGCUUUGUUUGCCGAUCGUCUAUUGAGUCGUGUGUCGCGUAUACCGAGGACGAACUAAAGUCACAUACGCAUCGCGCACUGCAUUUCCUCUACACUUCUCUCUCUUUCUUCGUUUGUUGCGUUGUUAUUCGCUCGCUGUGUGUGUGUGUGUGUAGGUUGUCUCCGAUUUUGUGAUAACGAUCCGGGACUGUUAGGGGUCGCUGCUCCUCUGUUUUUCCCUCUUUCCUUCUACGCGCGCGUGUAACUUUGAGCGAGGCUCGUUUCAUUUGCGAAAUCGGCUUAUCUCUCAACGAUUUUCACCGUCGAUCGAACGCACUGAAUGAAGCUUCGCUCAACGCGUCACUGUGUACGUAUGCUAUAUACAUGAAAAGUAAGAGAGAGAGAGAGAGAGAGAGAGAGAGAGAGAGAGAGAGAGAGACGCACUCGUUGGCUGAAAUAUAUAUACGUAUAUACGUUACACAACGCGAUCGACGCACCGGACUGUGUAUUAUAGGACUGUAAUUAAUAAAUGAGAAUCAAAAGUCGUAUGUGUAUAACUCGAACCACGUGCAUUUAUAUAUUAAUGAAAAAAGAGCUGAGAUAUAUAUUUAUUGAUAUGUAGCUGAUAAUGAACGACGACGAACGACACGAUAUUAUAUAUGAGUACAUAGUGUGAAUAGAUAAGAAAGUUUUUAGGCUAUGCAUAAUAUGUAUGCUAUAUUAUACAUACGCGAAUAAAGCGCAUCGGAUUAUCAAACGCGGCCCUCGCGAUCGCGUUAUCUAUGUAUAGUACGUUGUGUACUGCGUAGGGCCUGAAAGGCUGGAUCUUUGGCUGGGCGAUACCGAAGGGUGCGAGUGUUUGGGGUAGUUUCGGUCGGCGAUAUGCGAUCAGCACCUAUAGUUGACGAUUAUUAUCAUCGACGGAAUUUCCGACCGUCAACUGAACUGUAAAAAAAGGUGACGAAACUGUUUGUUGCCGCAGUUUUAUUCACGCAUAAAGCGAGUGAUUUAUAGCGAGAAGGCUUACGCACGUGAAUCACAUUCGAAAAAUGUGUCAAUUUUUCUUUCGCCUCGAUUGAGUCGUGUCCCGCGCACGUCAUCAUCAGCUUCUCAUUCUUCUUUUUCUUUUUCACGCGAGAUGUGCAACGAUGUGAAUCGAAAGCGAAUGUCAUCGUACGAACAGUCAAAGAUACAAACGGUUCUCUCAGCGCUCGAAAGUAGUUAGAUCUCUGUGUGUAUUAUAAAUAAAGAUGCGAAUAAGCUGCAGAUAUAUAAAUAUAUAAAUAUAAAUAGAAGAGAAAACACUGUAUAGCGAAAAUAGCGCGAUGAAUAUGAGAAUAUUAUUAUUAUUAUUAAUAUUAUUAUUAUGAGUAUAGAGAAAAAAUAGGCGAAUCUAUAUGAUCGAAGUAAGCUCUCGAGAUUCGCAAUUUCUCGAGAACACACACAUCCGAGCGUUAUUAUUGUAAUAUCGUCAUCGUAACAAACACACAUAUAUUAGGAGAUGAAAAUGUUCAAAAAUAAAUAUAUUAUCGAUCGAAAA